AUGAAUAAGAUAACAAUCUUUUUUGUAGUGGCCUCUAUAGUGGGGGUGCUCUACUUGGCUUACCGCCUCAUACCCAGAAUCCGUAUCUGGGUAGCUCACUUCAAGAAAAUAAUCCGCAUCUGGGUAGCGCACUUCAAGAAAAUAUACCACGGCUAUUGUGUGAUCACCUACAUGGAUGAUGAGAAACUGUCUGAGGUGUCCAAACGUCGACUGGAAGUCGUGGGCAAGAAAACCCUGGUCCUCGAUAUGGAUGAAACCCUAAUGACUGCGGUGAUCCAGAGGUGCCAGCGACAAAAGCUACCCGAAUUUCCUUAUGACCACAAACUUAUAUUACAGAGACAUGAUGCAAGUGCAGUCUACGUUUACAAACGACCGCAUGUGGACUACUUCUUGGACUGUGUAUCCAAGUGGUACGAUUUGGUUAUUUUUACAGCCAGCACUAGUAAUUACGCUGGACCGAUUUUGGACUACCUGGAGAGAGGCAAGGGCAUCCUGAGGAAGCGCUUGUUCCGUGAAGACUGUAUCGAUGUCCUUGGGUUGAAGGCCAAGUAUGUGUCACUGGCUUCCCCGGACUUGGCCAAUGUUUUCCUGUUGGACGAUUCCAAUGUUGAGUGCCGUUUCAACGCAGGCAACGCCAUAAAGAUCUCAUCGUAUGUGAUUGGAAAGCGGGAUCAGGAACUGAUAAAUAUCCUGCCCUUUUUGGAUUGUCUUCGAUUCACACAGGAUGUGAGAUCAGUGCUUGGGCUUUGCACUCGUUUUGAGUGUCUUACCACCAACCAUUGCAAACUGAUUAAAGGACGUCGUCCUAUUUAA